UAUAAAAAAAGCCUUUCAGCUAAAUAAAAGAAACAAGUAGCGACAUUAUGUUGUUAAAGCAUGUACUAAAGAAUGGAAUGAUCUCAAUUACGGUCUGUCAGAAUUCUCUGUAACAUAGGCGAUGAUUUAGAAAAACGCACGUGGAUUUUAAAAUUUCGGAUAUUUGUAAUUUUCUAUUUAUAUAAAUAAUUGUAUAUGUGUGUAAAAAAUUUUUAUAUAAAAUUACAAACAUGUUAAUUGAACCAGUUUUGUCAAAUACAAAAACAGACUUUGGUGUUCCGCCCGAGCAUCCUAAUCCUCUGCUACAGAGACUAGGAUCCCCACAUAUUGAUUCUUUCAAUUACAUGCUGGAUGAAGGUCUUGCAGAGGCUCUAAAAGAUAUAGUUCCGGUACCUCUGACCUUAGCUAAUGAUGAUAAAAUAUUAUUAUGGAUAGAAGAUGCAACAAUUUAUCAACCAACAGUCCCAACAGGUACUAUUGGAGUCAAAUCUCAUAAAAUUUAUCCAACAGAGUGCCGUCAGAGAGCUGCGACUUAUAAGGGUAAACUGAUAAUCAAAAUUGGUUGGUCAAUAAAUGGAAGAUCACAAGAACAACUGGAAAAAGAUCUUGGAGAAAUUCCUAUUAUGAUCAGAUCUAGUCGAUGUCAUCUAAAUAAAAUGAAUCCAAAACUUUUGGUUGCUCAUGGUGAGCAUGAACAGGAAUGGGGAGGAUACUUUAUCAUAAAGGGCCAUGAACGACUUGUAAGAAUGCUAUUGAUGACUAGAAGGAAUUAUCCUAUCGCUAUCCGUCGAUCUGGAUGGAAACAAAGAGGUGAACAAUUUAGUGAUCUCGGUCUUUUACUUCGGUGUGUUCGUGAUGAUAAUACUGCUGUCAAUAAUACUCUUCAUUAUGUUACCAAUGGAACUGCAAAAUUGAUGUUUACUCAUCGAAAAGUACUUUAUUAUGCACCAAUAAUUAUGAUAUUGAAAUGUUUACUCGAUGUGCCUGACAAAUAUAUUUACAACGCUCUUUUAAGAGGAUACGAGGAUAAUUUAUAUUACAAAGGAUGUAUUUUAAAUAUGUUAAGAGCAGUUCAUGAAGAAAAUUUACAUUCUCAUAGUCAAUGCAAAAAUUACAUUGGAAAAAUGUUCAGAAUAAGAUUUCAUGAAUUACCCCAAGAUAUUUCUGAUAUGGAUGUAUGUAAUUUUAUUAUUCAAAAAUGCAUUGCAAUUCAUUUAGAUGAUCAUAAAGAUAAAUUUAAUUUAUUAGUUUUCAUGACUCGCAAAUUGUUUAGUUUGGCAAAUGAAAAAUGUGCUGUAGAAGGAGCAGAUGCUGUAAUGAUGCAAGAAUGUUUACUUGGAGGACAUUUAUAUCUUCAAGUAUUGAAAGAAAAAUUACAAACAUGGUUAACUAGUCUUAAAUAUGCAAUUUUAAAAAGAGCUAAUAAUCAAGGCAACAGGUUUGCAUUAACUGUUCAAGAAUUGUUAACGGCAAUGAAGUAUACAGGAACUUUAGAAAGUCAAAUGGAAAAUUUUUUAGCUACAGGAAAUAUUAAAUCUCCUACUGGACUUGGAUUAAUGCAAAGUUCAGGAUUAACAAUUGUUGCUGAAAAUAUCAACAGAAUGAGAUAUAUGAGUCAUUUCAGAGCAAUUCACAGAGGUUCAUUUUUUCAAGAAAUGCGAACAACUGAAGCCAGACAGCUUCUUCCAGAUGCUUGGGGCUUUGUUUGUCCAGUUCAUACUCCUGAUGGAGCUCCAUGUGGUCUUUUAAAUCAUUUAACAAUGAAUUGUAUUAUUACUAAACAUCCAAAGUUAGAAUUAAAAGCAAAAAUUCCAUCAGUUUUAAUAGAUCUUGGUAUGAUGCCAUUAUCUGUUGCUGAUGAUUGGAAAGAAUCUUACACUGUAUUAAUUGACGGCAAAGUUGUUGGUUUAAUUGAGGAUAAUAUAAUAAUAAAAGUUGUAAAUCAUCUUCGACAAUUGAAAAUUGAAGGGAAAAAAAUCCCAAAUACGACGGAAAUUGUUUUAGUUCCAAAAAAAAAUGUUCCUGCACAAUACCCCGGACUUUACCUUUUUACUGGGCCAACAAGAAUGAUGAGGCCAGUUUUAAACUUGGCAUCAAAUCAAAUAGAAUUAAUAGGAACAUUCGAGCAAGUAUUUUUGGAUAUUUGUAUAGAUCCUUCAGAAGCUCAUGAAUUCACAACUCAUCAAGAAUUGACUAAGACGUCAUUUUUAAGUAAUUUAGCUUGUCUUAUACCUAUGCCUGAUUGUAAUCAAAGUCCUAGGAAUAUGUAUCAAUGUCAAAUGGGUAAACAAACAAUGGGUACUCCUUGUCAUACUUGGCAACUUCAAUCUGAAACUAAAUUAUACCGACUUCAAACACCGACGACUCCACUAUUCCGACCUGUUCACCAUGAUAAUAUAAAUCUCGAUGACUUUGCUAUGGGAACUAAUGCUAUUGUAGCUGUCAUUUCUUAUACAGGAUAUGAUAUGGAAGAUGCCAUGAUUAUAAAUAAAUCUGCAUACGAAAGAGGAUUUGCUCAUGGAAUGGUUUAUAAAUCGGAAUUCGUUGAAUUAAAAAAUUCUAAAAGUUAUUUUAUGCGUAAUCCUGAUAAUCUUACUCUCAUUGAUAAAUUAGAUACUGAUGGUUUACCUUAUCCAGGUGCUAUUAUAAUGACGGGUGAUCCAUACUACUGUAUGUACGAUGCAGAUAAAGGAAGUUAUCAAAUAGGUCAUUUUAAAGGAAAAGAGACUGUUUAUGUUGAUAAUGUUCGUCUUUGUGGAACUCUUAAUAGUAACAUACCUCGCAAAGUAUGUAUUACCUUCCGUGUACCUCGAAAUCCUAGUGUUGGUGAUAAAUUUGCUUCUAGAGCUGGACAAAAAGGGAUAUGUUCUCAAAAAUGGCCAGCUGAAGAUCUUCCUUUUACAGAAACUGGAUUAAUUCCUGAUAUAGUUUUUAAUCCACAUGGAUUUCCCAGUCGUAUGACUAUUGCUAUGAUGAUUGAAGUAAUGGCUGGAAAAUCUGCUGCGAUUCAUGGUCUUGUUCACGACGCAACGCCUUUUAGAUUUAACGAAAAAGAUACAGCAGUAGAUUAUUUCGGAAAGCUACUAGAAAUAGGUGGGUUUAAUUAUUAUGGAACAGAAAAAAUGUAUUCAGGAAUUGAUGGAAGAGAAAUGGAAGCUGAAAUAUUUUUUGGAAUAGUUCAUUAUCAAAGAUUGAGACAUAUGGUAUCUGAUAAGUGGCAAGUGAGAAGUACUGGGCCUAUAGACGUCCUUACAAGACAACCAAUUAAAGGUCGACGAAGAGGUGGAGGUGUAAGAUUUGGUGAAAUGGAACGAGAUUCUUUAAUUUCUCAUGGAUGUGCUUUCUUGCUUCAAGAUAGAUUAUUUCAUUGCUCCGAUAAAACUUCCUCUUUGGUUUGUAAAAAAUGUGGUACUCUUUUAGGUCCAGUUACAGAAUUUAUUCGUCAUAAAAAUCUAGACGCUUUAGAAAAACGGAAACGUUGUCGUUUGUGUAAUAAUGAUGAAAACGUUAGUGAAAUAGACAUUCCAUACAUUUUCCGAUAUCUUGUAACUGAACUUGCAGCAUGUAAUAUUAAUAUAAAACUUGAUUUUACAGAAGCUUAAGAAAUAUCCAAGUUAUUUAAAUUAUUUGUAUUUUUUUAUGUAUUUUAAUUUUUAUUAGAGUAUAUAAUACAUUUUUCGAAUAAUA